GUCUUGGUGAAGCUCGUGCCCCAGGCGGCGUUCCGCCUCUACUCCAUCCUCGUCCGCGCCCUCAACAAUGUGGUGGGCGGCGUCACCUUUGUCAUCAUCGCCCGCAUGUUCGGCGUGCAGAAGGCCGCGGCGCCGCCGCCGGCGCCCGCGACCGCGAAGGCGUGA